AUGGCCGGGACAAGAAAGGACGGUGCCAAAGGCGGCAACCUAGCAGUCCCUCCAGCCCUCGGCGACACCGAAUCAAGAGCGCCAACAAUAGCAGAAAGUGAAGAUGCGCGUGGCUACAACAACACCAACAACAACGAUGUUCUCUCCGACACAGACGGCGGACGGACAAUCGACUCAACAGAUCCAGAAAAGAAACACCCACAUACGUUGAGCCAGCAAAGGUCUAAUGCUACGCACAAGAGUCACGCUAGUACAAUACGGGAGGAUGGAGUUGAGUACCCGACUGGCCUGAAGCUGGGCUUGAUCACGAUAGCGUUGUGUUUGAGUGUUUUCUUGAUGGCCCUCGAUAACUCCAUUAUUGCCACGGCUAUCCCCAAGAUUACCGAUCAGUUUCACAGUUUGCCGGAUGUGGGUUGGUAUGGAAGUGCCUACCUCCUCACCACCGCGGCGCUCCAACUUUUGUUCGGACGCUUUUACACCUUCUUCUCCCUCAAAUGGGUCUUUUUGAUCGCCAUCUUCAUCUUCGAGCUCGGCUCCCUGAUCUGCGGCGUCGCCAACACCUCCAAGACCCUCAUUAUCGGGCGCGCCAUCGCCGGCAUUGGUUCAGCCGGCAUCUUCUCGGGCGCGCUGAUCAUUCUCGCCUACGCCGUGCCCCUCGAAAAGCGACCCGUAUACACCGGCUUCAUUGGUUCCAUGUACGGCAUCGCCUCCGUCUCCGGCCCGCUCCUCGGAGGCGCCUUCACAGACCAAGUGACCUGGCGCUGGUGUUUCUACAUCAACCUCCCCAUCGGCGGCAUCACCAUGGCCGUCAUUGGCUUCUUCUUCCCCGAUCCAAACCGCGAGAGACCCCAAGAGGAGACAUGGGCCAAGACCAUUAUGAAAUUCGACCCCUUUGGCACUGCGGUAUUCAUGCCUGCCAUCAUCUGCCUGCUGCUCGCGCUGCAAUGGGGCGGCACCACCUACAAAUGGAACAACUGGCGCAUCAUUUUCCUCUUUGUGCUCUUCGCCGUCCUGAUCACCGCCUUCAUCGCCAUCCAAUUCAAGAUGCAAGACGAGGGCACCGUCCCUCCCCGCAUCAUCAAGCAGCGCUCCGUGUGGGCAUCCGCCCUCUUCACCUUUUGCUUGGGCGCCGCCUUCAUGGGCUCCGUCUAUUAUCUGCCCAUCUGGUUCCAGGCCGUCAAGGGCGCGACAGCCGUCAAAUCAGGCAUCAUGAACCUCCCCAUGCUUCUCGCGACGGUAAUCCUGUCCGUCGUCGCCGGCGCGCUUGUCUCCUAUCUAGGCUACUACGCCCCCUUCAUGAUUCUCUGUUCCGUCGUCUCCAGCAUCGGCUACGGUCUGCUGACCACCUUUGAACCCGACACCAGCUCUGGUAAAUGGAUCGGGUACCAGAUCCUCGUUGGCGCCGGACUGGGGAUGGGGCUCCAGCAAAGUCUCAUGGCGGUGCAAACCGUGCUGGAGAUGAAGGAUGUAUCGGUCGGUACGGCGCUGAUGGUGUUUGUGCAGACGCUGGGCGGCGCGCUGUUUGUGAGUAUUGCGCAAAAUGUGUUUACGAAUAAGCUGGUGCAGUAUGUGGGCGAGCUGGCGCCGGGGUUCGGGGAUCCGGAGAAUAUCUUGCUGUUGGGCGCGACGAGCGUGCAGAAGACGGUGGAUAAGAGUGUGUUGCCGGGGGUGACGCGGGCGUAUAAUAAUUCGUUGACGGAUGUGUUUAUGGUGUUUGUGGCGAUGGCGGUGGCGAGCGUGUUUGGGGCGCUGUUGGUGGAGUGGAAGAGUGUGAAGGGGAAGAAUGUGGAGGUUGGGUUGGCGUGAUUUUGUGAUGAUGAUCUCUCGUGUGUAAAAAGAGGUUGGGGGGAUUGGGUGGGAAGAGGAGGAUGUAAUCUUCCCCUGGAUGGGUGUUACUGGGUUAGUAAUAAUUACGUAGACAGGUUCAUCGGUUUUAGAUGUCUCCCAACUCUUGUGUCAAAUAGAAAUGUAUUACAU